AUGUCCAACUUGGAUCAAUUGGCUAAGGGGUUUAGACCUACUGUGAAGCAGUAUGCCCAAAUUGAAAUAAGGCAAUUAUGCUCGUAUCUUCUUGAUUUGAAGAAAGUUUCAGCUGAGGAAAUGCAUAAAAGUGUAUUCUAUGCUAACUACACAGCCUUCAUACGCACAUCAAAAGAGAUCUCAGAUUUAGAGGGGGAGCUUUCAUCAAUCAAUAACCUGCUAUCUACGCGGGCAACUUUAAUUCAUGGUCUAGCUGAGGGAGUUCACAUUGAUUCAUUAGCUAUCACUGUUCCUAAUGGUCCUUCUGCAAAUGGACUAUCUAACUAUGAGAACAAAGAACCUUCAGACCUUAAGAAACAGUUAAAAGAGUUCCCUGAUUUACUUAAUGUUUUGUUAGCCGAGAGGAGGGUGGAUGAAGCUUUGGAAACCCUUGAUGAAGGAGAACACGUAGUUUCUGAAGCAAAAGAAAAGAAAACAUUAAGUCCAGCUGUACUAUUGUCACUGCAGACUACUAUUACUGAACAUAGGCAAAAAUUAGCUGAUCAGCUUGCUGAAGUUGCUUGCCAACCUUCUACACGUGGCAGUGAGCUUCGUGCAGCUAUUUCAGCUCUUAAAAAGCUUGGAGAUGGCCCUCAUGCGCAUAGUUUGCUGCUCAAUGCACAUUACCAUAGAUAUCAGUAUAACAUGCAAAGCCUUCGUCCAUCAAGCACCUCAUAUGGAGGAGCAUAUACUGCCGCCCUCUCACAGCUAGUGUUCUCGGCUAUUGCUCAAGCUGCCAGUGAUUCUUUGGCUAUCUUUGGAAAGGAGACAGCCUACACUUCAGAGCUUGUGAUGUGGGCUACAAAGCAAACUGAUGCUUAUGCACUCCUGGUUAAAAGACAUGCAUUAGCUUCAUCCGCUGCUGCUGGACGUUUAAGGGCUGCGGCAGAGUGUGUGCAAAUAGCUUUAGGUCAUUGUUCCCUGUUGGAAGCUCGUGGCUUGGCACUUUGUCCUGUGCUGUUGAGACCCUUUAGACCUAGCGUUGAGCACGCACUAGAAGCUAAUUUAAAAAGUAUUGAAGAGAGUACUGCUGCCCUGGCCGCUGCUGAUGAUUGGGAACUUACAUACCCUCCAACUGCUUUGCGGCAAUCUGGCAGAUCUUCAAGUGCAUUGCUUGGUAGUACAACAGCAUAUCAGCAUAAACUUUCUAGUAGUGCUCAUCUGUUCAAUCUAAUGGUUCAGGUGAACAAUUUAUUUUUUCACUUAAUUUGCAAAUCCAGUAAAGGGAAAGACGUCCCCCAACCCCAUGAAAAAAUAUUGAGUGUAAAGGUGAUACCAUCUUAUGUGGUUACCGGCCAGUAAAAAGU